AUGACCGAGCUCGAGAUCGUGCCGCCGGACCUGACGUGCGUCUGGCCAGAGCGGCUGUCGCAGUCCGCUCUCGAGACGGUGCGCCACCACCUGACCGCCUGGCAGCGGUGCCUGGGCGACGCGACUGAUAUCUGGUGGCGAAGCGGCGCACUGCUGCGGCUCGCGGACGAGCGCACGCUGCGCCCUUUCGACGUCGUGCUGGAGGCGGAGGCGGAGGGCGUCGGCAAGACGACGCUGGCUCGGCAGGCGUGCCGGCGCCUGGCGCAGCCGCCGCUCUGCGCCUUCGUCAGCGAGCUGGACUGCAGCAGCCUGCUCGGCAAGAAGCCGGAGGUGGUCGGCGAGCGCGUGGGUCGCCUCUUGCGUGAGGCCGAGCUUCGCCAGCCGGCGCUCGUCGUGCUCGACGCGCUCGACGAGGUACGUCAGUCGCGGCCAGACCCCGUGCCCUGGAGCCAGGUAGGCGGCCUGGAGGACGCGCGCCAACUGUUGGUGGACACUCUGCAGCGGCCGCUGCUUUACCCAGCGCUGUACGCGCGCGCCGGGCGCCACGUGCAGGCCCGCGCGCUGCUGUACGGGCCGCCCGGUUCCGGCAAGACGCUACUAGCGCGCGCGCUCGCGCACCAGGCCGACUCAACUUCUUUACAGGUUAAGGGCCCAGAGCUGCUGUCCAAAUACAUCGGCGCCAGCGAGCUAGCUGUCAGGGACCUGUUCGAAAGGGCAUCCCGCGCCAGUCCGUCGCUCAUCUUCUUCGACGAGUUCGAGUCGCUGGCGCCGCGGCGCGGCCACGACAGCACGGGCGUCACAGACCGCGUGGUGAACCAGCUGCUGACGCUGCUGGACGGCGCCGAGACGCCGGCGGGCGGUGGCCAGGUGGCGCUGCUGGCGGCCUCCUCGCGGCCGGACCUGCUCGACCCGGCACUGCUGCGGCCGGGCCGCGUCGGCCGCCUCGUCCGCUGCCGCAUGCCGGACCGCGCCGCGCGCGCCGACAUCCUGCGCGCCCUGACGGCCCGGCUGCGGCUGGCGGCGGACGUGCGCCUGCCGGCGCUGGCGGCGCGCGACGGACUGAGCGGCGCCGACCUGCGCGCGGCCGUGGCCGACGCGCACCUGCGCGCCGUGGCGGCAGAAGGGGGAGCGCCGCGUGCCUGGACGCAGGCAGGCGGGCCGCCGCUGGACGAGCGCGAGGCGCGCGCCGUGGACGAGCACCCGCUGCUGGCGACUGGCGGGGAUGCGGCGGCGGCGGCGGCGGGGGCGAGACCGGUGGAGGUGGUGGUGACGCAGGCACAUCUGCAGGCAGCGCUGGACACGCUGCGGCCGUCGCUCUCGGCCGCAGACCUGGCCAGGUACGACAGGAUCUACAGCCAGUUCGAGAGCGGCCGACUGACCGACGGUGCGUCGGCGGGCGGCGACGGCGACGGUGGCGGCGGCGCGGGCGCCCGGCAGCGGGUGUCUCUGGCCUGAGGAGGAGGCCUGAUGCCUGACGCCGUCCACCGCGCCAUCGCGGUGGUGAAGAGCUGACGACCGCCGGAGGGUGUUGUGCUGCGAUGUCGCGCAUGCGCCUGUGGGCGGUUUCAGUUCUGCUCGCUCUGUUCGCACAAGCCUGCCCUCACGAGCACGCCCUGCCUGUGGUUCGGUAUGCUAGCUCGGACGGCAUAUGGCUUGGUCGCACGCAUGUUUGUCGCCGCUCAGCUCCGCGUCUCGACCGUGUAAGCCGGUCGGCGGAUCGGCGAGACCCGAUCGGUCCGGCUUGGAUGCGAUUCGUGAUGCUCUGAUCGUGCAAUAACUGCCAUACUUAGCACUUGGUAUUGCUGUGUUCGCUGGAUAUAUCCGCUCGACGGUGAACCAUGUGA